AUGGUCUGGUGGAGGAAGAGGUACAGGAGUGAUCUGAAGUACAGCUCAGAAAAAGAGCUUUUUGCAGACUUUGCUGGAACAUUCGGUAAAGAAAAAGACAAAGAGAAGAAGCUAGAUGAUGACAGCAGCAGUACCACAGUCCCUCAGUCGGCUUUCUUGGGCCCAACAUUAUGGGACAAGACGCUGCCAUACGACGGAGACACUUUCCAGUUGGAAUACAUGGACCUGGAAGAAUUCCUCUCGGAAAAUGGCAUUCCACCCAGCCCAAACCAGCAUGAGCAUAGCCCACACCAGUCAGGUCUGCAGCAAGCUACCUCAGCCUCACCUUCUGUCAUGGACCUCAGCAGCAGGGCUUCUACUUCAGUCCACCCAGGCAUGGUGUCGCAGAACUGCAUGCAGAGCCCAGUCAGACCAGGUCAGAUCUUGCCAGCAAACCGAAACACACCAAGUCCCAUCGAUCCGGAGACUAUCCAAGUUCCUGUUGGCUAUGAACCUGACCCAGCGGAUCUUGCUCUUUCCAGUAUUCCUGGCCAGGAGAUGUUUGACCCUCGUAAGCGCAAAUUCUCUGAGGAAGAGCUGAAACCCCAGCCGAUGAUUAAGAAAGCUCGCAAAGUCUUCAUUCCAGAUGACCUGAAGGAUGACAAAUACUGGGCCAGGCGCAGAAAGAACAACAUGGCCGCGAAGCGCUCGAGGGACGCCCGGCGCCUCAAGGAGAACCAGAUCGCCAUCCGCGCCUCCUUCCUGGAGAAGGAGAACUCGGCCCUGCGCCAGGAGGUGGCCGACCUGCGGAAAGAGCUGGGCAAAUGCAAGAACGUCCUUGCCAAGUACGAAGCUCGACACGGCCCCCUGUAAAUUCGAGGCGGGGAAGUGGGUUUUUUCUUUUUUCUUUUUUUUUUCUUUUUCUUUUUUUUUUUUGUUGCAGGUUGGCAUUUGACUAGAUGGACAAUGUGUUUCCUGUUUGAUAGCACCACACCCAAACCAACCUUUCUGUCUUCAGCACUUUACCAGAAGCAGAAACAAAACUGACUUUAUUUUUUGUUUGCGUAUGCGUGUGUCUGUGUGUGCACACGCGUGUUCACACGUGCGUGUGCUCGUGUGUACGUGUGGGUGUCUGUGUGUGCGCACGCAUCUCAGCACUUCCCAUUUUUAUGAAACCCUCUUCAAAGGGUGCCACAUUUUUACCUGGACUGUUGAGAACCGCCAUAGUAAGCUUUUUAUUAUAUUUUUUUUUCAGUGCUGCUUCAGAUUAGGGUUUUUAUGUCAUUGUAACCAGAUCCAUCCUCCUGAUUUACUUGGAAAGAUCCCAGUAUAAGUUAUAAAAAAAAAAAAAGGAAAAAAAAAGAAAAAAGGAAAAAAAAAAAAGUAGAUCUCAGUUUUUCAAGAGUAACAAGCUAUUGUUUAAGUAUGUCUAAUCAGAAAAGUUAACAUGCUAAUAAAGUGCACAAAUAAUAAUUUAGUACUACACUGCAGAAAUAUUAAUUUAUAGAUUGCUUUUGUUGUAUUUUAAGUUUUGGUGAUAAUUGUCUCCGAUUUAAAGUGCUGUUAGACUGAGUUAGCUCUACUCAUUAUAGAUCCCCUCAUGGCUUCUCUCUAGCUGUUAAGGUUCCUUUUCUUUCCACGGACCCCCGAGUACUCGAUAGACCACAGAGUGUGUAUUUUGCACUGUCUGUACCUGAAGCAAUAAUCCUGUUGUACGCUAGCGCAUGCUGCCCGGGUGUUCCUAGUGGACGUAGGAUGGUUCCCCUCCCCAACAGGAGUUUUCAUGUCUUUAACAAA